UUAAGUAACACAUUAUGACAGAUAUUCAGGAAACCCCACCUUUGAGACACAAUAACCAGCUGGAGUUUAAUAGUCUGACGGAGGAUCUCAGCAUCCAACACCACCAUGAUGAAGAGCUUUCUUCUACUCAUCCUCUCACUGAUGAUAACAGGCGGGGGGGCCUCAUCUGAUGUGAAAGGAUGCAGAGACGGAUGGGUGGACUUCAUCUGCAAAUAUCCAAACAAUAAAAUAUGUCAAAGAGUUGAUGUAGUUAAGGAGGGCAGCCAACCAAUCAUACAAAGUACUCUAAAGAAUAUGUGGGAGACCAAGGGCAGAUUUUCUGUGUACCAUGAUGUAAAAAAUAGAAAUCUCAGAGUGGUCAUCAGACAACUUCAACAAGAAGACUUUGGGGAGUACGAGUGUAAAUGUGACCACAAACCUGGAAGUGAUGAUGUGGACUUGAAAGUUGAUGACGGCUGCCAGAAACCAUUUAAUCAAACUGGGUACAGAACAGCUAAAACCACCAUCUCAUGUGACAGAGGAAAGUCCACAGUCAUGUUCUUCUGCAAAGACAACGGUCCAGUCUGUGAGGAUUUAUUAACUAAAUCUAAAACUAAGUCAAACGGGUCCUUCACUCUUCUGGAGACCAGCAGUAGCUUCACCAUGUCCAUCAGUAACGUGUCCCCCCAGCAUGCUGGGGUCUACUGGUGUGGAGUGGAAACAAAUGAAGGAAGAAACAGAGCUGCACUCAGAAAAAUCCAACUGAAGGUUAAAGACUAUUACUAACUUCACUUGGUCUCCAACUGUUGGACAGAAUCUCACAUACUGGUGUGGAUAUCCAGAAGGGACUCCAAUAAAAAAAAAUCAUCUGUAAAGGAGAAGAUCCUUCUACAUGUGAACAGAUAGUAAACACUGCCCAGAGGAAUCAAAACACUGGAAAGUUUUCUAUGAUGGAUGAUAAAGUGAAAAAUAUCACCAUCAGAGUGAGAGACGUGAGAACAGAAGACUCUGGGACAUACUGGUGUGGAGCAGAAAGAAAUGACCCAAAACAGAGCAACCCAUUCUUCCACAGGCUCAUCAUGACUGUCGUGCCUACUACUCCCCCUCCAACC